AUGCCUCCCAAGACUGCCCUUGUCAGGUUGGCGACGCGAAGAAGCCCUUACGUUUGCCACUCCUGCCUCAGCGGCCUCGCCAAAGAGCGACCCAACCCGAGUGCCGGGCGGCCCUAUGCCAGGGCUUCGAGGGGUCAGGCUCGCCUGUCCCCCGAUUCGAAAAGGCCAGUCGAGACGCCAGAAAAAAAUUACACAGUAAAAUACUUUGAAAAGGAUGCUAAGGGCGAGGUCCGGGAGGUGCCCGUCGGAGAGGACGGCGAUGAUGUCGACAUGGAGGAUAUAAAGGCGCUCGAGGCCAGUGCGUUGGCCAAGAUUGAGAAGCUCGACGCGACACUGGAAUCGCUGAACAACAAAUCUGAGUUUCUCGAAAGGAUACUGAGAAAUCACGGGCCCAAGGGCGCAUUCGAGGCCUACAGGAACGCGUUGGAAACCUAUGAGGUUGUAAGCGACACCACGCCCAUCCCUCUCAUUGCUGAGGUGAAGAAUGGCCAGCGCAUGAGCAGGAGCGAGAUACAAAAGAUCAAUAAACCCCUGGGCUAUCUUAAUAGGUCCAUCGAGCGUUGCACAAUCCUUCUAAGAAAGAAUGAACUGGAUAACAGCCAUAUCUCGAAAACAUGGUCAUACUUCGUGCAGGCAAAAUCUGUCUUGUCCGAUCCACAAAGGCUAGUGCCGACGAAUGCGUGGAACGACCUGUGGGCCAUCUUUUCUUGGGAGAGCGACAGAAACCCUCACCGCAUGGCCCAUAUCCUCGGCCUGUGUGAUGCAAUGGCAGGGCAGGGGGUUCAAUUGAGCGACGAGCAGCAAUUGCUACAGAUCGAGGCAACAUAUUCCGAGGGUUACGAGAAGGUCGCGACUGAGAAUUGGAUGAGGCUCUGCCCAACCCUUGGCAAUAGUGAUUCCUCUGCGAUGGCUUUCUGGGAGCUGGGAGUACGUUUAUGGUCACAACAAGGGGACACAGGGCGCGCGGAAAGGGCAUGUCAAGCUGUUCUCGACCGGGCAAGUGCUUCGACCCCCGCGGAUUCCCGCGUGCUCCUGCACCUCAUAAAAGCAUACGCCAGUUCGUUAGACCUCGCCAAUGCGGAGAAGGGCUUCAGGUUGUAUAGGCGCAUGCGAGAUCUCGCGGCACAGCUCGACAAGCCGAUGGAAAUUGACGACUAUGACGAUGUCAUCUCGAUCUUCCUUACAACGGGCCAUACAGAUUAUGCGAUGUACGCGUUCACGGACAUGAUAUAUUCGGGCACCGUCAAUCUGUACGGUAACAAGAAGCUGCCCAGCUCGGUGAAGAACAAUUUCUUCUUUGGCAAGUGGCUGAAGAGACUCAUUGGUGCCAGAGAUCUCGAUGGGGCCUACAAGGUCCUUGUCUUCAUGCAGGACAAUGGCGUCAUGGCCGCAUCUGUACAAGUCAACGGUCUCAUCGGGGCCUGGUUCCGAUCGAGAACAGCAGAGAACCGCAAGAAGGCUGAAAUUCUUGCGUGGUCCAUGAUUCACGCCCGAAAGGCUUUCGUUGACCUGCGCCAGCGAGAACGCAACGUAGAUUGGCCCAUCAGGCUCUACGACGGCCGUCCGAAAAACUCUGGGCACAAGGGCGAUGACCUCGACUACACGAUGGUGCCACGUGCAACUGCCGAGACAUUCAUCCUCCUGGCCGAAAACUAUCGCGAGCGCGGCCUCUUCCGCCGGCUCGAGGAAUUGUUCGUGGCGUAUAAGGAAUGCGAGAUCGGCGGAGAUGCCAUGAUGAUGAACGAGCUGAUCAUGGCGGCGGCUGCACAAGGCGAUGCGGAAAAGGCGCGGGAACUUUAUGGUCUGAUGGUGCACGAGCAUUCCAUCCUGCCCAACACGGACACAUACGCCGUCCUGUUCAAGUCACUCCCCAUCAACUCCCUCCGGGGAAGAGAGCUCCAUCAGAUCGCGCCCGAGCUGAGUGCCGAGUCACAGAGACAGGCGCGCGCCUUCUUCAGGGACAUGAUCAGCUCGACCGGCCUGCACCUGGAGAGGCGGCGCACACGCCACGGCGAACUGUCUGAGGCGCAGGUGAAGCUGAUCCUGCACAGCUUCCGCAAGUGCGCCGACUGGGCCGGCAUGAUCGUCGCGCUCGUGAGCCUUCGGGACCUGAUGCGCUUCAAGAUCACGCGCAACGUCCUGCUGGAGAUGAUCGCCGAGUACGAGGGGAUCGACCGCCCAUCGGCGCGGUCGACCAAGCUCGUGAUGCUGACCACGAUGAAGCUGCAGACCAUGAUCGACAGAAUGCAGAAGAGGCGGCUGCGAGAGCAGGCCCAGAACGAACGUGCAGGCGCGGGCACGGGCGAGGGCGAGGGCGUGGGGGUCGUCGAUGCGCCCAAGAGCCCGAGCGAGGUCAAGGAUCCACACGUGCUCUACGACAUACUGCUAGAGUACUACUACAAGAAGGCAGAAGUGGAUUAUCACACCCCAAAAAAGUUGAAAAAGGCCUUCUGGAAAGCAGAGGAGGAGAUGGGCGCUGCCGAUAUUGCAGCGUAUGAACUUCCCCCUCCUGAGGACGAAGUGGAUCUCACAGAGCUAGGGGAAGAGGUGCAACCAGUAGCAGGCGAUGAUGGGGAAGUGUACAAGCAGUUGUAA